UUUGAGAGCAAUUUCAAGGAAAUGACAGAGUAUUUGCCACCAUGGAUCAGGAAGUUAAUGCUGUGUAUGCAUGUGCCUUAUGUGGCUCGCAAAAUAGGUUGCUUGAGUGUUAAAACAGCAGAGUGCAUUUUCUUAGGAUUAAAGAGUUUCCCAGUGUUUGCAUGUUCACAACCUGGAGUAUUUCUAUCUUCUAUGUAUUCUGCGUCCAUGACUCUACAGCUCUUUCUCAAUUUCAAGGACUUAUUUUGGAUACAGAAAAUCACUCAAAAUGGACAGGGAGCAAGAUGGCUCCAGGGAAGUCAUGGAAUCCAUCGAAACAAUCCUGGCACGUGGUCUCAAAAUGGGAGACCGCCAGGUUCGUCGUGCUGCUUACCAUAAUCUCCAGAGGCGAAAUGAGUUAAAGGUGAAAUGUGAAUUCAAUGGGGAAAAAAGGGUGACCAGUAUUCCACGACCAGUGACUUUUGAACAGCUGAGUGCUAAGUUGAAGGAGAUGUACCAGAUUCCAUUGAACAUCUUCUAUACUCAGUCCAAUGGCGAGAUCUACAUUGGGCUGAAGUGUCAAGGUGACCUAAACAGUGCUAUCCAGCUGGUUGACCAGAAUGAGCAUACAUCCAGCCUGCGGCUCUACCUCACUUCUGCUAUGGAUACUCCUCUUCCUACUCAGCCAACACAUCCAGCUCAUCCAUCUGCAACCAGCAGUAGCCAGUACCCUUACGAGGGCCACCGCCAGUCCCCAAGCCCUCCUCCAGGCUCCCUCCCAGCCAAAGACUACAUCCGCACCACCUCAUACGUGGAAGGAGAGGGAACUUUCAUCCCAGAACCAGCAGGUCACGACAUGGAUAUUUUUAGCUACAGAGAUGUGACCAUGUCUGACAGCGUUUCUUCGCUGGACCAGCAGUCUGUGGACAGCAGUUACAUCAGUGCCAGUGGCCACAAUGAUACCUACCCGUUCAGAAGAAGAGAUUCUCGGAGAAGUGUGCUGUCUGACAGUGCUAAAGAUGAAUAUGGUCGAGAAUCAAAGAAACACUUUGGAACAUUUCCAAGAGGUUUUGAGUCUGCCAAUCAUCCCCCUGCAGCAGACGGGACUGGCAACUUGACAUUUCCACGAUCGGCUGGUCGGCGUCCAGAUAAUGAAUAUAUGUCUGUGCGGACACUAAUGUCACGGGGCAGUGAGGGAACCCUCAGCACCUGCAGUAGUGGUAGCAGUGGUCUUCCUCCCGAUCCUGACAUGGAUUCACCUGGUGGUGCCUACCCUUCUCGUUCUUCAGCCCUCUUCACAAAAUCUCAGGGAUCAGCCCCUCGAGCUCCAACUCACUGGAAAAAAGGUCGCAUCCUAGGGACUGGAGCCUUUGGAAUGGUGUACCAGUGUUAUGAUCAAGACACAGGCAUGGAGCUAGCUGUCAAGCAGGUGCAGCUUGGUGCUAUGAACGCUGAGGUCUCCAAGGAGGUCCGUGCUCUGGAGAACGAAGUUCAACUGCUGAGAAAUUUCCAACAUGAGCGCAUUGUCCAGUAUUAUGGUUGCCAGCAAGAUGCCAGUGUUCUGUCUAUAUUUAUUGAAUUCAUGCCUGGGGGCUCUGUUCAAGAUCAUUUGAAGCAGCAUGGUCCUCUAAAUGAGGUUCUGGCACGGAAAUACAGCCGGCAGGUUUUGGAAGGACUUGCUUUCCUUCAUAAAAAUGUCAUCGUUCAUAGAGAUAUCAAAGCGGCUAAUGUGUUGCGAGACACAAUGGGCAAUGUGAAACUAGGGGACUUUGGAGCUUCCAAGCGCCUGCAGGUAAUUGCCAGUGCCACUGGCCUCAAAACAGCUGUGGGCACACCUCACUGGAUGGCACCAGAAGUCAUCAAUGGAGAGGGUUAUGGCCGCAAAGCUGAUGUGUGGAGUGUUGGCUGCACUUUAGUGGAGAUGUUGACGUCCAAGCCUCCAUUCGCUGACUACGAGCCUCUGGCAGCAAUGUUCCAGAUUGCUACCAGCAAACACCCGAAGUAUGAGCUGCCUGCGACCUGCUCUACGAGUGUCAGAGACUUCUUGAUGCUUACUUUCCAGCGCACACCAACAGACAGGCCUUCUGCUGAGGAUUUGCUAAAGGACAAGUUUGUCAGAGACAGUACUUAGUUACUGCUGUCUAUAAGAGCUUUCUCUGAACAUUAUUGGCAUUGAACCUUUGAAAUUCAGAAAUUACACUGGAACCAAGACAGAUUGCACAGUUGCCCUUAUACUGGGAACAAGGGAAAAGAUGGAUAUGAAGAUGUCUUGUUAUACUUCAUGGUGUCCAGAAUCUUCACAGGGUGCAUGCCUGCAAGUGUGUAUGCGUUUGUUUGUGUGUUUGUGGAGAUGCUACCACAUACACAUAGGCAUAAAAUCAGGACAGAUCGGGACGUUUCUGCCUUUGCUUGAGUGGGAUGGAGAAGGGAUGAAAGUGACCAAUUGCUUUGGUUUCAGCUCCUGGUCCCAACAAUAAUUUUGCUGUUUCUUCUGAAUCUGCUGAAUCUUUCUUGCACUAAUUUCCCGGGAAGUCUUCAAAUGAAGAGGAGAGUGCAGUGGAUGUCAGAGAAAGGGCAGAUAACUGCACAUUCUUUUGCCACCAGGACUCGCCUCCUAAGUGUUAGCUUGCCUGCAUGCAGGCUGCUCUGCCAGCACUCCUGAAUAUUUGAUGCAAAGAUCUUUCCCAGAGCUCUAGUGAGUGUCUUGGACACCUAGAACAUUGAAAUAAAAACUGGUGCUGUUUGGAUAAAUCAUUGGAAAAAGUGGUGUAGCUGCUGAAUACAUGAGUGCAUCCCCCGUGAAAAGUGGUGACACCCAGGAGAGAUCAGUUGGUCAGCACGUAGAACUUUCUUGAUAGACUUUGUGUGAAGGGAGGUGGCUGUUGUUGACCAAAUGAAGGCAGUAAACGAUGGCUGUGAUCAGCCAGGUCAGUGGAAUGUUUGAUAACCAUUCAAAGACCUCGCUGAAUGUUGGAUAAAGUAUCAUCAAUGUGGAGGAGACCUUCAGCUGUGGUUUGCAAUAAUCUGACAUCUGAAAAUGAAAGUAUAAAAUGAGGUUUGUGUAUAUACCCAUGCUGUAAGGUAAUAGAUAACCCUUCUUCCUCCUUGAGCAUUGUUAGUUUGGUAACCAGUGAGCCACCGUUAAGACUUGACCCUAUUUUGUGUCUGGUCUUACCCCAUUCUCCCUUAUGGAAUGUCCUGUUUGCAUUCUUUGUAUUUUGAGAUCAAAAUCAAAAUUCUAUCAUUGUUCAUGUAAUAUUUACUUAUAUAUGAUCAUUUUAGUAGCUAUUGAAAAAAAAAUUCAUUUACAUGGCCUUGUUAUGCCAACAGUUGCCAAGUUAAGUAAGAAGACAUAGGGGUGAGGAUCUCUCCUGCAACCCAUCUGUGUUUCUAUUGUAGACUUCAGUAUGCUUAUCAGGCUUCAGAUAAUUUAAAACAGCAUUUUUCCCCAAUCCAUUAUAUUCACAGCAUUUGACUUAAGUGCUUGAAUGUGUUUAAACUUAACAUGUUGAAGACCAACUCUAUUGAUUGUGGAAAUAUUUGCUGCAUGCUGUUUUCUAUUUUUUAAAAUAAUAAGUAAUUCUGAUUUUUAAUGGAUUCAGAGAGUAUGGGAAGAAUGAAGAAUCAUCUAAUAACACUGAAGGGAAGGUGUAGGAGCAAAUGUAAAAAUAUCAAAACCAAGAGAAAGAAGAUACCAUUUUCUUACAUUGGGUUUGUUUUGGGGUCUCGUGUCAUUUGUUAAAUAAUUUGAAGCAUGACAGUUUUCUACAUAAAAAAGGCAUUUUGCUGUAUUUGAAUUGUGAUAUAUUUUAAAUAACAAAUACAGUUAUUCAAACAGUAUAACAGCUCGCAGAAUAGUUUGCUUAGCAGAAAAUUGGGUUCCGAUUUUUAUGGCUUGUGUGGAAGAUAGUCGGUGAAAGAGAUGCAGAAUGCUGUUAAGAAAGACAGAGAAAGAUGUCAAAACUGUGAUGCACCGACACAUGGAAUUUGCUGCCUCGAUGAGUAGCUUUGGCAGUGUAGGCUUAUCCAUGUCAAGUACAUAAAAAUAUCAGUGUUUUAAAAAAAAAAAAAAGCUUACAUAAAAGGGGACAUGUUAGUAUCUUAUAAUUAACUAAACACAUGAAAAAUUUUCCACACUUUUGGGAAGUAAAAUAACUGAAAUUUAAAAAAAAAAAGUUGCAUCAUAGCUAGCUUAAGAAUAAAAUCUAGACGUUCUGUAUUUUACAGUAAGGAAGUGAAUGUUUCUGAUUAUGUUGAAAAGUUUCCUUAUCGUGUGAAUGAUAUAGUUAUGAACUAUACUUUGAAAGCAAAUUGUUUGCUGUUGUUUGUGAUUUCAUAAAUGAGAACUGCUGUGAGUGAAGCACAAGAUUCUGCAGGCAUAUUUUUUUAGGUGUAGGUAAUAAAUAUUCUUCUGGUGUUUAUUUUUGCUACAGGCAGUCUCAGUGAGAGAACAAGAACAUUAUUAAGUGCUUGCAAAAGGCAUCACAAGUUCUCUGGUCUUACUGUGCAUAGAUGCCAACAUUUCUGGAAGCCAAACCAAAGUUCCGUUAACUAUUUGGCACAGCCUUGCAAACUUGCCAGCCUUGCCUUAUUCUGCCAUGACAGCUAUGCAGAGCACUUGAUCAUGUUAUACUCUGACUUGCAGCACAUUAUAAAACUGAUCUUUUUUCUUGGAGGCAAUUUUAGGAGUCUUUGAAACAGAAGUUUGUAGGGGAGAGGUUUUUAAGUUCAUAAUAUUAUAUAAAUAAUAUAUGUAUAAUAUAAAUAAUAAAUGAGAAAUCAGGACAUAAUAAAGCAAGUGGAUUCAAUACUUGAGUGGCAGACCCACAUGCUGGAGGAAAGCAUAAUUUCUUCAUGUUACAGCCACUUGUUUCUCAAUAAGUCUAAAAGUUAUACAUAGAAAGUUAUGCCAGAUGUGCUAGCAGGUUUAUUGUUCCUGUCAAAUUGCAGCAUAAUUGUUGAUUACCAUACAUCUGUAGAGGAUGGUUGAAAAACAUCCAAGUGCCUUUGCUGCUGUGUUGUUGAGGUCUACACCUCUGUCCAGUUCAUAAGGGUUUGUUUUGUAAGGGUGGGGAGUAGGGGAAAUAGGACAGUUUUUGCAGACUGGCAUGUCCUUAAACUUGUCACAAUGUAGCUGUGUUUAUAGGAAUGCAUAUAACUGCAGAAUUAAAAGGUUCCCUACUUGGUAGUUGGCCUUAUGGCUGUCCCUGACAGCAGUGGAUGCAAGGAAACUUGCAGUGCCAGUCUCCACACAAUCUGCAAAGUAACCAAAGUAAAACAUUUGAACUUAGGUUGCUGUAAACUGCCUUAAGAUUAAUUAUCAAGUGGAUUGUACAGAGAACUGCUGCUAUGUUAAAAUUUUUAAGAAAUUUAUUUAUUUAUUACUGUUGAGUGACGAGAAAAUUAUUGAACUUUUUAUCUGCUGGAGCAGGAGCUAAAUGUAAAAAAAUGACCAUUUAUAAUGGACUAAUGUUUGUCAGUGUUACUGCUACCAAACUGCACAACACUUUUCUGAAAAUUAAAGCAUGGGCUUGUGUUUAAAAGCUUGGUGGAAGCUGGUCAAACCAAGACAAGUAGUAAUUCCCUCUCUUUGCCUCCUUAAGUCACUUUUCUUUGUGUGUAUAAUACUUACUAGCACAAGUUGAGAUUCAGAAAUUGUGUAUCAUUUUGCAUCUUUGAAUAGAAAGUUCAAUCGUGUAACCAUUCAGCAAUUUUGGGGUGAAGCAUCUUUCUGAAACAGAUUUUCACCUGUUCAAGAUAAAAACCCAGAAUUUGAAUGGUCUGCCUUGAUCCUUGGAAGACACGUACAUGUUAGCUCUAUUGCAACACCGCACAGGUGUGUUGUGCUCUUAUAAAGAUAAAUGUUAGGUUUGCUAUGGCUUAUACAUAUAAAAAAAAAAAACCUUGUAACUUUUUUCAUGUAUGGAGUUAACCUGUUCAAGGGGGGAAAAAUUCAAACUUGUAUAUUACCAUAUCAUCAUCAUGUGCCAAAGAAAGAAUAGACUAAGCAUGUGUUAUCUUAAAUGCAACAAAAUGGCAAUUUAGAAAGGUUAUUGUAAGUUUAAUAUUUUAUAUUUAUAGCUCUUUUUCACUUCUCUCUUCCAGCCCCCUCUAUAUUUAUAUAUACACCUACGCAUGUGCAACUCUAACUUUGCAUUUUUAAAUAUAUUAUUGGUUCUGCUGAAAGCAAACAGAAAAUCUGCAGCAGGAAAGAGGCUGAUUAUCCACCAACGUCUUGUUGAAAUUUAUACUUAUUGUAGGCAUUUGAAUUUUUAAAAAUUGUUUAUAAAAAUUCUUAAUCUAUUAGAAUUGUUAUUGAGGGAUGAAAGAAAAUGACCUUUUUAAGUGUUUUACUUGUAUAUUUUUUUUCUCAGCCUAAAUAAGGAAAGAAAACUAUUGGUGCAAAAUGUUGAAAGUCUUAUCAGUCUUAUCAAGUCAGAAGUUAGAAUUUGCUGCUGACCUAGGGAAGACUUGUAUUGGGUAGUGGUGAGGGGUGAAAAACUAAGGAUAUUACUGUGUGCAUAAAUGUAAAUACCUGUCAGUCUCAUUGUACCUCAUUGCAUUUUAUAGGGAAUGAUGUUCAGUGGUAUGUCAGGAAGUGCAAUUGGUUGUCCAAAGUUCAGUUUUUAAGAGUAUUCUUCUGCGUUUUAAAGUAUAGUAACUUUGCAGUUUUCAGAUAUUUUUUCCUUAAUAUUUCAGUUUAUUUCUAUCAGAAUUUUAAUAUAGUGACAGGUUGUUUUUCUGCAGUGUGGCAGAUCAUUCUUUUUUAAAUAUGGUGGCAAAUUUCCUGUUUCUUAGGGAUUCUAUUUGAAAAUUGUUAAAACUUACUUUAACUUAUCUAAGACAUUGAUCUAGAAAUACUGUAUUUUUAUAACAGCUAUGUAUGAUACAGACCAUGCCUGAUGGAAAUACAUUAGAAUUCUGGAAGACUGAGAGUUGUAUAUUAACAGGUUGAUAUUACUGGAGAUUGAUUGCAAUCACUGAAUCAUUGAAGCAAGCAUUUUGACUGGGUGUUGAGGGUCAGUUGUGUUAGUGUGCUUGUCUUCAGGUGGUCCUAUAGACAUUCUUUGAAGGGAUAAGUGGCAUUCUGGGAUUUUUCUUUCACAAGCUUUUCCAAGGGAGGUGACACUGUAAAUUUUUCAUUCUGUUUCUUCACAACAUGACGUUUUUAUCAUAAGCAUAGUAACGCAUUUCACAUAGUGUAGCCAAUGACUUUCGUCUAAGCAAAUAGAGUACUCCUGCAAAAUUUGGUCAAUAUGCUUGGUUAGGAUCUUGGACUUUGGUUAAGAUUGGACCAUACACACAGACAUUACCACAAUGCACUUCAUGAGAUUGAUAAUUAAGUAUACUGUAGUAUCGUGCUUGCAUUCUGUAGAAUAACACUCUUUAAUCAAAAUGUGCAUUGAGUUUUUGACAUAGUUUAAAAGAUGGAAAUGUAAAUGAGAACACUCAAAAAAGGAAAUAAAAAUGCAUUUGGAGAGCUUUUUAGAUUGGAUCACCUUGCCAAUUAAGUUACAUGGGGGGUUGUCAAGUGUAUGAACAAGAAGUUGAAUGAUACAAUAAACCAAAGUUCAGAGAUUGAUCACUCAUAAGUGUUAAAGAUCUAUACAAUCAGGGACAAUACGAGGAAUAUAAGUGGAGAAAUCUAGACAGUAGAACAGGUUUUCAGUUUCUCUUUGAGAGCAUUUUAUUUGAAACAGUUUUGCAUGAGGCCUUUAGACCUGUAGUUUUCACCUACAGGAAAAAAUGUACAUACCAGCAUGCAGGUACAUGAAUACAUAUGCACAUAUAAAGACAUUUAAUUCACUGGACACUGAUAAUUUACUGCAUAAUUCUGACUACAUUAAUAUGGAGUGACAAAAGUCUCAUAACUUUAGUCAAGGCCUAGUGUGUUAAUAUUUAUAGAUGAGUUUGUGUUCUUUAACAAUAUGUUGACACAGAAAAGCUUGGGUGGGGCUAUUACCAACAAGUUCCAUUGAAGAAUAAGAUGGCUAUACCAAUUCAGGUCACAAAACUGGCAAGAUUGCCCUUGCCUUCCACCAGUCCUGUGACUCUCAAAAACAUGUUCCCAUAACUGAGCAUGGAUUACAGCCCUUUACCUUUAAGUCUGCGAUGGGCACUGUCAGAAGUAUGGAAACUUCAGUGUCACUACCAGGGGUAGUCAACUUUUACUUGCCUUUAUCUUUUUGUUGAAAGGUGCUCCAUAAAUUGUAAAUGUUGCAUGCUUGUCUGUGUGGUAGGGGAGAGAAAGAGUGUGUGUGUGUUCAAACUCGUGCACCAGUGUUUGUGCAUGUCUGCACUCUUUUUUUUAUAAAAAAAAACCUAUACAUUUCUAUGUAUAUUGUGAUUAGGUUUUGAUGCCAUUGUACAGCAUGUGAAGAAACUUCUUGUUCACUCGGUGCCUUAGAAUAAUGGUAAUGCCGCUAGUUUCCCCUGAUGCCAUUCAUCAUGUUAAAUGCAAAAUCUGUAAAAUGUGUAUGCGAGUUGAAUGCUGGAGACUGUCUCUGUGAGACGCUUAUUUCCCUUAUGAUGAUGAGACUUGUAGCAUGUCUACACUAAUGUGAUGCAAGCAUAUUAACACUGUGAUGCAACUUUACUUUUUGUUUGUAUUUUAGUUAUAUGGGUGGACAAACGUGUCUCUUCCUUGGGUACAAUUUUAACAGUUUAUGUCAGUUGAUUUUUUUCCCCCAAAGUCCCCCAAGGAGAACUUGUUGCCCCUACUUAAAGAACAUAAGUUUGUUGGCUUUAGCAUAAUUGCAUACUGUGCUAUCGCUGCAUAGUAGCCUUUUCCCUAGCACUUUCGCAACUCUUUGAAGCAAGAAGAAAACUGGUGUGGUCGUGAAAUGACAGACAGCCUGUGCGAAAUGUACAGGAGUGUAGGAUCAUCCACAAGCUGUUGGAUGCUGUAAGAAGCGAGUAAAGGUCUCUGUUCUUCUUUGUUUCAAGGUCACAAACUAGCCUAGAUCUUAUUCUUGGGUGGGCAGGGGGGGAUUUGAUAUAUAGCUAACUGCUUGUUUUUCAAGCUAAUUAAGACUUUGAAUGUCUGUAAAAGAUAUUCAAAAAAAAAUGCCUGUUUAGUCCCUGGACUUUUUUUUAUCUUACCUUGACCUCUGCAGAGCUGACAGAUUUGCAUUGACAAAAACUAGAUCCCAAUCGUGCUAGCUAAUCAAUAGCAUUAUGUAUUGGGCAUUUGGUAAAGUUGGGGUGGUAUAAUUUUGGUAUUUAUAAAUGGUUUCUGGUAUGAACCUAUCUAUUCGAAUGACAUCUUAACCCUCCUUUGAGAGAAACCAAAAUCAUGUACCAGUUCUGUUACUCAUAUCUCCCUUUACCAACGUGAAGAGUUUGGGGAUAGUCAGGGUAGCUUCAGUAUUUAUUUAUAUAGUUCUGUGAUUUUAGUUUUGUGAAAAAAGUUUUGUGCCAUGCGCUUGUUUGACUGAAUUUAAAAAAUUUAAAUGUCUGAAGAAAAAUUAUCUAAAGGAAUCCAUAGGGUGCAAGUUACAUUUGUAUCUAAGAAUCUGCAUUGGGAAUCAUGUAGUAUUAGAAGUUGGGAGAGGCUUGAAAGGGGGAGGGGGGCUUAAAUUUGAUGAUAUUGCAGAAUUCUGAAGAUUGUUGAAAUGUUUGUGAUCUGUAUUUAAGGCUUUAAAAAUUUGGAAAUUGAUAUGUUCGUAGACAUUUGCAGCAUUGUAAGAAUGCAUCCCUUAUAAUAUUGUGCAAUCAUUUUAUCUUCUGUAGAUGUUCAGACUAGGCGUGUUCUGUUAUCGUCCCAAAGGUGACAUUUUGAGUUAUUUCCCUUAGUGACUGCAGACAUGCUACUGUUACUAUUGUGUAAUAAAUGUUUCUAAUGGCUAUAAUUUAGAAGGAAAACAUAAACAGAAUAGGAUGCUUCAAAUUACUGUAAUGCAGUAGCUAUGCAAGUCGUAAGAACUGAAAUUAUGGAGGUGGUGCUUUUAAGGGAAAAGAGCUGCUGUUGGGGAUGAUAAAUUAGGGAAGCGUGUAUGUGUGUUGCAUUAGCAAAAGGAAAUGGGUACGGGAACUCCUAACAAUGGUGGCAUCUGUUUGACUUUUUCUCGCCUUGAGAAAUGUGCCUUUUGUACAGUAUUUCAGUUCAGAUGAUAGAUAACCAGAGCAGAUUUUUAAAUGGGCUUGCUACCAUGGAUGUCAUGUAUGUUUGUUAGACCCUUCUCUUUUCAUCUGAUACAGAGUCAGAAGUUUGUGUCAGUGGUUUUUUUUUGUUUUUAACAGAAAUGUUGCUCACUUUUACGCACAUGCUACCAUGAACCUUCAUGAAGGUCCGUGCAUGCUACCAUGUGCACUAUACUUCCAGAAAGUUUUGUACUAUAAAAGGGAUCUUUAAAAUGCCAAGGGCUUAGCAUGGAUUGUGUUUUGUUUUGUCCAGUGCAUAUGCAUGAGACGUUUUUACUACUUUGCCAUCAUAGUAAAUCUAGCAUUACAGAUCUACAUCUAUACCUCAUCAAAUGAAAUGAAUAACUGUCACUUCUAAACUGCAGCCUGUUCUGAAAACUCAUUUUAUGGGAGAUGUGAAAAGAAACGAAACAUAGAUUGCAUGCCAUGGUAACUAUUUAAUCCAUCCGCAUUGCUCAUAUGUUUAUCCCAUAUAUAAUGCUGGUCAAAGCUGCUCUGUGCAUAAAUGCCUGUGAAGAGGAAAGUGGAUCUAUAUUGCAUAUGCAGGCAAUGUUUUCUUUGUAACUAUCAUUUGUAUGAGUUUUUUGAUUCAUGAAAAGCAACAGGGUGGAUGAACCUGUUGGGAGGAUAGUUUGUCUGACCUUUUCCUUUUAUAGUGAGGUUCUUGUAUCUGGGUUAAGAGUGUUGACUAAUCUCAGAAAAUAGUGUGGAGUGGGCUGCGUGGCUGUUUGAGUGCAUGUUUGCCAGGCGGGUGUUCUUUAAAGGGUGUCAUAAUUUUGAGCAGCACUAAAUUUGUUCUAUAAUAUCAAUUUGCCACAUUGUGUUUUGCAUCAGUUCAAUUAUUUUUUUUUUUGGGGGGGGGGGGGCUAAUUCUCAAAAAGAGAGAGGGUGGUUGUUGGGAGGGUUAGUAUUGCAGGGAUGUAAUUACAGUGUUUAUUACAUGGCCCUGGCAUUUACUGUUCUAUGUACUUGCUCCUUGCAAUAUUGGGUCUAACUCCCAAUCUUGAGUCAUUCUGGCAUCACCUGCUGUUUAUCUCCCACAUGCAACAAACCUUUGUGUUUGUCCCUCUUCAAAAAUAAAUCAUUACUAUGUGUAUAUAGCCAUUCCAUGUGUCAUAUAGUCUAAUAAAUGUCUUUUGUACAAGACUAAACAUC